AUGUCCCUGAAAAAGUCUACAAAAAAUGCCGAAGUUCAAGAAAUUUCAUCAAAAUCGACCACCUUGAAGGCACUUUUGUUGGUUACGAUAGCCGCCCUUCUCAGGUACGCAAUUAUGACCUCCAAAUAUCAAUCUAUAAUCGCUAAUCAUGUAGAAGUGUCUACACCUUUAAGUUCCUGGAAAAGAGUUUCGGAGGGCUCCUUUUUAUUUUCAAAAAACAUUAACCCCUACGAUGGAGAUUUGUUGCACGAAACACCGUUGGCAAUUAAAUUCUACAAAGUUAUGUUACAUUACGUGUUUAGAAAUGUGCAUUUGAUGUUUAUUGUGUUUGAUCUUGGGACUGGGAUGCUUUUAUACUUGGCGGUGAAGAAAUACGCCUUCGAGUUCCAGCAGCAUCACAAGGAUAGAAAAAAAUUCCCUGAGGAUGUGCAAAAAUAUUUGCCAUCCCAGGAUUUUGCUCAAAAAGUUAGCAUUUAUGUUCUAAUGGGAUUCCUGUUUAAUCCAUACAGUUUGCUGGGUUGCAUUGGACAUUCAACAAUGGGAAUUCACAAUUUUUUCUUAUCACUGUUCAUUUUUGGAAUGAUUUAUGGUAGUGUUGUUGUAAGUAGCUUUGCAUUAGCUGUAUGUGCUACAGUCUCAUUUUAUCCUGUGAUUUUAAUACUGCCGCUAAGUAUUUACUUUGUGAAGGAGUAUAAAAGUAAUACUAAAGCAGUACUAGCAAUAGUAAAUUUUGUAACAUUUUUAGUACUAAUAACAAUUUACAAUAGUAAUUUUGGCAAAGAUUUUAGCUUUGUUAAAAACGUUUAUGGCUGUAUUUUAAGUGUACCUGAUUUGCAACCAAAUAUAGGAUUGUUUUGGUAUUUCUUUACUGAAAUGUUUGACCAUUUCAGAGAGUUAUUUAUUUAUUCUUUCCAAAUUAACACAACAAUCCUAUAUUUGGUACCAUUAUCCAUAAGAUUUAGAAAUACACCAUUUGUAUUAACAGUCGCUUUACUAUUUUUAAUUUCCAUAUUCAAAUCUUAUCCGUGUUUAAGCGAUUUAGGUUUUGUUUUGAGCCUGUUGCCGAACUUCGUGCAUUUAUUCCCAGAUUGUCAGCAAGGUUUUGUAGUGGGAGUCAUUCUAGUAAUAUCGUCUAGUUUGGCACCAGUUUUAUGGCAUUUAUGGAUUUACAGUGCCUCGGCGAACGCUAAUUUCUAUUUUGGUGUUACGUUGGCUUAUGCCAUUGCGCAAAUCUUUUUGGUGACUGAUAUUUUGUUUGCCCAAACCAAAUGGGAGUAUUCGCUUAAGCACGGAAAAGAUACCAAAAUUGACGGGGAGGAUGGAGUGUUAAGUUUGGAGUGA